AUGGCAGCUACAAGUGGUAUUGAACAACUUAAAGGUACAUGGGAAUAUGUCGAUGGUGAACACUUCGAUGACUAUAUGAAAGAAAUAGGUGUUGGUUUUGCACUUCGUCAAUCGGCUAAAUUUAUCAAACCUAAAUUGAGCAUUAGUCAAAAUGGAGAUCAAUGGACACUUAAAAGUGAAUCAACACUCAAAACAGCUUCGUACGACUUUGUACCUGGCGUUGAAUUCGAUGAAACUCGUCUCGAUGGUGAAAUUGUUAAAUCUGUUAUUGAAUUCAAAAAUGAUAAAUGGAUGCACACAAUGCGCGAUAAAAAUGGUAAAGAAUCAAUAAUUACACGUUGGGUUGAUGAUCAAGGACAACAACAAAUUGAUAUGAAAGCUGGUCAGGUAACAGCUCGUCGUUGGUAUAAACGUAGUAAUUAG